AUGAGUUUCCUUGGGGGUUUGUUUGGGCCGGUUUGUGAAAUUGAUGUUCUCCUGAAUGAUGCCGAAAGCAGAAAGACAGCUGAAAUAAAGACUGAAGAUGGAAAAGUUGAGAAACAUUACCUGUUCUAUGAUGGGGAGUCUGUGUCCGGCAAGGUGAACUUAAAUGUAAAACAAGGAGGAAAACGCCUCGAGCACCAAGGCAUUCGUAUUGAGUUUGUUGGACAGAUAGAGCUGUUCUCUGAUAAAAGCAACACACAUGAGUUUGUGGAUCUGGUGAAGGAGUUGGCCCUCCCUGGAGAACUCGCCCAGAAUCGAAGUUAUGACUUUGAGUUUAUGCAGGUCGAGAAGCCUUACGAGACCUAUACAGGAGCUAAUGUCAGACUGAGGUAUUUUCUCAGGGUGACGAUAGUUCGCCGCCUUUCCGACCUCGUUAAAGAGUAUGAGCUUAUUGUCCACCAGUUAGCCACAUACCCAGAUGUCAACAACUCUAUUAAAAUGGAGGUUGGCAUUGAGGACUGUCUGCACAUUGAGUUUGAAUACAAUAAGUCCAAAUAUCACUUAAAGGAUGUGAUUGUGGGGAAGAUCUACUUUCUGCUGGUCAGGAUUAAGAUCCAACACAUGGAACUUCAGCUCAUUAAGAAAGAAAUAACUGGCAUAGGGCCUAGUACUACUACUGAGACAGAAACUGUAGCUAAAUAUGAGAUUAUGGAUGGUGCACCAGUCAAAGGAGAGUCAAUCCCCAUCCGAUUGUUUCUUGCAGGAUAUGACCUUACGGCCACCAUGAGGGACGUGAACAAGAAGUUUUCUGUACGAUACUUUCUUAAUCUCGUCCUAGUGGAUGAAGAAGAUAGAAGAUAUUUCAAACAACAGGAAAUUGUUUUGUGGAGGAAAGCUCCAGAGAAAUUGAGAAAGAGAAACUUCCAUCAGCGUUUUGAGUCCCCUGAGCCCAGGACCCAACCAGUCACUGCAGAGCAGCCAGAGAUGUGA